CCCAAGCAGAAGGAAUUGAAAAGCCUCUCUUAUUUACAUGUUCUGGCUUUAUUGUUUUGCUGUAAUAGAAGAGGCUCCACACUUUGCUGUUCUCAGAGCUCAGCCCAGCGCAGCUGUUGUGUUGCUUUCCUUUUCUGAAGAGGAAGUGAAAAAUUCCCUCCACACGUCUGCUGGCACUUGAAUGCUUAGGUUUCACUCCCUAAUUGGGAGCCGUCUGUAAUGAGCUCUCCGUGGGACCCAGAGAGGAGCUUCCAGCUGUGCCAGGAGUUGUUGCAUUUUGCGCCAAAGGAGAAAGGGAAGCAGAAAUCCACAAAAAGCUAAGAUGUGGAUGGUGCAAAAAUUGGUCUAAGGGUCUUUCAACCAGGAAAAGCAGAAGAAAAGCAGAAGCAGAGGAAGCAACAAAGAACCAGGAUGGGAAACUUCUGCCAGAAGUACUGUUCCUGUUUGAAGCCUUACCUUCCCUGCUUAUUCUUUAGGAGAAACGGUGAGGAGGAUGAUAAAGGAGGCCAGGUCUUUGCCAACCUUGCUGCGGUAAAACCUGACCUCCAAGCAGGACAGAAGGACAUAGACAGUGUUAUAAAAGAGAAACCUUUACCUCCACUGCCUGGCCAGCAUCUAGCAAACAUUUGCAACUUUGUGGCACUCUUCGACUAUGAGGCUCGCACUGAGGACGACUUGAGCUUCCGAGCUGGGGACAGGCUGGAAGUGCUGAGUGCAUCCAAUGAGGGGUGGUGGUACGCCAAGCUCCUCCUGCCAGAGGGGUCAGUCUGUCCUGGCCGCAAGCUCACGGGCUACAUCCCUGCCAACUACAUAGCUGCUGACCAGAGCAUCGAAGCUGAGCCAUGGUUCUUUGGCUCAACCAAACGAGCAGAUGCCGAGAGACAACUGUUUUACCCUGGAAACCAGGAAGGAGCCUUCCUAAUCCGAGAAAGUGAAAGUCUGAAAGGCGAAUACUCACUCUCAGUUUUUGAUGGUACAUCUGUGAAGCACUACAGGAUCAGAAAGAAGGAUGGAAACUUUCUCCUAACCGAAAGGAAAACUUUCAAAACUCUGAAUGAGUUGGUUGACUAUUAUAGCAAGAACAGGGAUGGCCUCUGCGUGUUGCUCAGACAGCCAUGCCUAAAGACACAAACUCCUGCUACUUUUGAUUUGUCUUACAAAACUGUUGAUCAGUGGGAGAUAGACCGACGAUCUCUGAAAUUGGUGAAAAAAUUAGGAUGUGGUCAGUUUGGUGAAGUAUGGGAAGGACGGUGGAAUAAUACCACCCCCGUGGCAAUCAAAACAUUAAAACCAGGUUCAAUGGAUCCAAAAGACUUUCUGAGGGAAGCACAAAUAAUGAAGAACUUGAGACAUCCAAAGCUUAUACAGCUUUAUGCUGUCUGCACUUUGGAGGACCCAAUUUAUAUUAUUACGGAGCUGAUGAGACACGGAAGUCUUCUAGAAUACCUUAAAAAAGAUGGAGGCUCUAAAAUCUCCCUGACACAUCAGGUAGACAUGGCUGCUCAGGUGGCUUCUGGGAUGGCAUAUCUUGAAUCUCAGAACUAUAUCCAUCGGGAUCUGGCAGCCAGGAAUGUUCUUGUUGGUGAACACAAUGUUUACAAAGUGGCAGACUUCGGACUUGCAAGAGUUUUUAAGGUAGAAAAUGAAGAAGUAUAUGAAUCUAGGGCUGAAACAAAACUCCCAGUGAAAUGGACAGCCCCAGAAGCAAUUCGCUACAACAGAUUCAGCAUCAAAUCAGAUGUCUGGUCAUUUGGGAUUCUUCUGUUUGAAAUAAUCACCUAUGGGCAGAUGCCUUAUCAUGGAAUGCCAGGAUACCAGGUGAUCCAGCUGCUGGACAAUGGGUACAGGCUUCCUCAGCCGGAGCGGUGUCCAGAGCCACUCUACCAGAUGAUGCUGCAGUGCUGGAGCACAGAGGCUGAUGCACGACCCACCUUUGAGGCCCUCAGAGAGCAGCUGGAGACUCUGACAUCAAUCUCUAUUUCUUUGCCUCAGCCCUGGCAAUGGAAUAUGAACCCUCAGGAUGCUCCUAAAGGACAUGUCCUAGCCAACAUGGCUAAUGGAGACUUUGGAGUUAGCCUAACCCCAGCUGUGGGGGUCACUUUGGAUGCUGAAGAAUCCUGGUACACUUCAUCCCCUCCUGCGAUCCUCAAAAACUCUUAAAUUUUUUGCUGCCGGCAAGUGCUUUGCAAGAUAAAGCAUCAGGAAUCUGGAGGAUGGAUGUUUCAAAAAAAUAGUCUUCUAUUUAUUUUAAAAUGACAUGUUGAAAGAACAAACAAAUGAAAUGAUGUAGCUAAGUAACUAUUGUAGUGUUUCGUCAUUUCUUUAUUGGAAUAAUUACUUACUGUUAGAUUUUUUCCUUCCUGUCAGUUUGUUCUGGUGAAGGAAUGUGAUGGCUCUACACAGCAGGAUCUGUGCUCCCAGAGUCCUUUCAUUGUAAAAAUAAUAAAAAAAAUCCUGUGACUGUAAUGGCUCUGAUUUGGCAGAAUCCAAAUUAAUUGCCUUGCUUAGAAUUGAAGUACAUGUGCUUUUGCUAUAUGUGAAAAUAAACAGAUAUUCAUGGGAGAAAAAUAAUUAUUUUUGUUUUGUGGAUGCAC